AUGCACCCGCUCACCACCUCCUCCACCGCGCUCCUCCGCCUCAUCAAGUCGCUCUCGCCGGCGGUGCCGGGGGCGCACCUGUCGGCGUCCGGCAUCCACUGUCUCCUCCUCAAAGCGGGGCUCCUCCACGCCGGGGCGCACCUCCCCACCGCGCUGCUCUCCGCGUACGCCUCGCUCGGCCGCCCCGCCCACGCGCGGUCCCUGUUCGACGAAAUGCCUGAGCGGGGCCUCGUCGCGCGCACCGCCAUGGCGCGGGCCCACGCCGCGUCCGGGCAGGCGGACCAGGCCCUCGCCGUGUUCCGGGAAAUACUGUCGGAUGGCUUCGUCCCAGACAACGUUGCCUUGGCGGUCGUGCUCGCCGCUUGCCGUGGUGGCGCAGGUUCUUGCACGGCCAAGAGGAACCCAGGCAGGAUGGUCCAUGCUUUCAUCGUGGUCAGCGGCAUCGAGCCAGACAUGUUCGUUUCCACCGAGCUUAUCAGGGUCUACGGGGAGCGCGGCGAGGUGCCGGUUUCCAGAAGGCUGUUCGACGACAUGCCGGCGAGGAGCAACAUUGCUUGGAACGCCAUGGUGCACCAGUAUGCCAGGAAUAAAGACGUGGAGGCCGCGUAUCAUCUCUUUCUCGCGAUGCCAAGGAGGGAUGUGGUUUCGUGGAACACAGUGAUAGCCGGGUAUUGCCUGGCCGGCCGGUGCAGGGAGGCGUUAGGGCUGUUCCGUCAGAUGGUAUCUCCGUCGUCAUGUCGGGUGCGUCCGAACGGACCUACCAUGAGCACCGUCCUUGGUGCCUGUGCGGGUAUAGGCUGUUUGGAGACUGGAAUUUGGGUCCACGCGUACAUUGACAAGAAUCAGAUGAAUGACGACGGCACACUGGAUAGAUGUUUGAUAGACAUGUACGCCAAAUGCGGUAGUAUUGACAAGGCCCUGCAGGUUUUUGAGAAGGCGCCUGGGAAGAGGGACCUGUACUCGUGGACAACGGUGAUAUGUGGACUGGCGAUGCAUGGCCGCGCUGCCGAUGCCCUGCAGAUGUUUAACAUGAUGCAAGACGGUGGCAUAUGCCCUGAUGAUGUUACUCUUGUCGGGGUCUUAAAUGCCUGUGCACAUGGAGGGUUGGUGGACCAAGGCCUUGGGUACUUCUACUCCAUGCAGGAGAAAUAUGGAAUCACACCCAAGGUUGAACACUACGGUUGUAUGGUCGAUCUUCUUGGCCGUGUCGGGCGGUUGCCAGAAGCAUACACGAUGAUAAAAACAAUGCCGAUGAAGCCUAACAUGGUUAUAUGGGGAGCUUUCUUGAGUGCAUGCAAAGUUCAUAGCUGUGUGGAACUUGGCGAGAUCGCGGCAGCAGAGGUCACUAGGUUGGAUCCAGAGGACCCUUGGGCAAGGGUGAUGAUGUCCAGCAUGUAUGCAAAAGCCCAGGAUUGGAGUGGUCUUGCCAGGGAGAGGAGGGAGAUGAACAGCCUGCUGAUGAAGAAGACUCCAGGCUGCAGCUCGGUCGAGCUCGGCGGUGAGGUGCAUGAGUUUGUUGCUGGUGGCAGCCAGCAUCCUCUGCAUGCUGAGAUUUGUACUGUCCUGGAGUUUGUGGAGGCACAAUCACCCACAUAUACAGGCUGAGGCACACAAAGUUCUUCUUUUGAGGUUUCUGUUUUGCUGUUUUUCUUGGCAUGCGGGGCUGGCUGAGGGUGGAUUUGUUGAGCUUCCGUAAGUGGUGCUGACUUCCUCCUUUAAUCAUGCGGAGGGCCUGAGGAAAAGAUUGGAUCGUGGGAGUUAAGCUGCCAGCGCCUAGCAAUUGUCGAAGCUGUUGUUGCCAUGUGCACAAUAUUACGGAAUCCAAUUGGUAUGCUAAGAUGACUGAGCUGAAUAUCCUAGACUCCUUUACCAUGCUCUUGCACCAGCGGUAUUGCAGCUGCCAAACCAUUGUAAUGUAACUGCUGAGCGCAUCAUAGUUGUGGAAAUGUUGAUAACACCACAACUGCAUUGUUGCAGGAAUAAUAAGCUUUCAAAAUAUUGUUUGGUUAGAUCACUGACAAUAGUGUUUGCCUGUGGCAUUGCUUUGUGCCGUUAAAAUAACUGUAAUAACAUGUGUGACAUCCAACGAUUACAUAGAGUAGACAGAAUGAGUUCAUUACAUGAGCACAAACUUCACUCUGAAAGGGGAGCUACACGAGACUCCUGAUCUGAAGGAAGAUACAGGGAAGCUGAAAGUUCUAUCUUAUACUAAUGGCAGAGUUGAUGAACAUGUGAUUUGGUGCAUAUUCUAAUUAAUUUCACAGCUAUGAGCAU